UUAUGGAAUUGUUGGCAUCACUUAGCGUAUCUUCAGAUGCACCAGAAGGUGCGGAGCAUCCACGCUUAGCUGGUUACAAAAAUUUAGGAAAAUUUGAGGAAAAUCAGAGACAACGACGUUCUGAUGACAUGCAAAAACGAAACCAGAGUCGUGAUGAUUGGCUUAUGCGUGGAAGGUAUAUUGUAGAAGAUGAAAAUAUGGAGGAAUUAAAUCCGGAACAAGUUAAUCCGUUUGCUCCACGUCCACGCCGCAAAUGUCAUUUUAAGGACAUGCUUAUGUUUAGUGAUUGGCUUGUUGAUAUUCCUGAAACAAUGUCAAGUGAAUGGACUCUUAUGGCUGCUCCUGUUGGGCGCCGUUGUUUGGUUGUUGGACAUAGAAACAAAACUAAUAUUUUUUAUAAAAAUGGAUAUCUUUCUCUUCAAUUUGAAAGUACUUUGCCUGGUGGAGGGCCUAUUCAUCCUGAAUCUCUAACGAUUUUGGAUUGUAUUUGUGAAAGUAAAAGAGUUACUAAAAAUUCAAAAUUUUAUGUUCUCGAUUACUCAGAUUUUACUGUGCGGCAAUUUUUUAUGCGUUCUAAAAUUGAGGAAUUAAAUAUUGAAAAUAAAAAUGCUAAUAAAGCCAAUCAAUUUAUUCCAUUACCAACUUGCCCAUGCUUGCCUGAGGCAAUGGCCGAAUUUAUGAAAACUGAAUUUCCUUAUGAACUGGACGGAUUACUCUUUUAUUUUAAUUCGAUUCUUGGGGUUCCAAUUCCUGAAUAUCUUCAACGAAAUCAACAUUCUCAAGAUUUUAUUCAAGAUUACAACAGAGCUUUUGGUCAUUUAACUUCAACACAAAUAAAAGAAGAAAAGGAAAGGAAAAGGCAAGAAGAUGAGAAGAAAAGACAAAAAAAGGCUGAAGAAAAGAAAAAACAAAAGGAGGAAAAGAAGAAAAAAUGGGAGGAAAAUAAAAAUAAUUCUGAUAAAAUAUUAGAAGAAAAUAUGGAUUUGGAGGAAGAUAAUAAUGAAAUUAAAAUGGCUGAAAAUGCUAAAAUUGAUAAUGAUGACAUUUAA